AUGGCUUCAUACUCCAUCCUCGCCUUCCUCAUCACCCUCCUCAUCUCCCUCCUCAUCUCCGCCGCCGCCGCCCACCCGGCCAUCCCCUCCCUCAUCCACAAAGCCUGCAGCCAAACCGCAUCCAAUCUACAAAAACUCUGCAUCUCCUCCCUCUCCGCCGAACCGCCGUCUGCCAACGCCGACCUCCGCCUACUCUCCAUCAUCUCCGUCCGCAUUGCCGCCAAUAACGCCUCCCAAACCGCCGCUUAUCUCUCCGCCCAACAGACGGACGCCGCAGCCUCCGGCGCCAUUGAUCCAAUGCUCUAUCAAUGCGUCGCCGAUUGUACAGAUCUGUAUGUUGAUGUCGCCGAGCAGCUCGACGUGACGACGGCGGCCAUUGAUGAUGAGGCCGAUAAGGAUGCGAUGAUCUGGCUGAAUGCGGCAAUGGCGGAUGUGAUUUCUUGCGAGAAAGGGUGCGGUGCGGUGGCGACGGCUGAGAUUAGGAGAAGGAAUGAUGGGGCGAAGAAGCUGCUGAAUAUAACAAUUUCUUUUACUAAGCUCCUUAUGGCUCCGAAGGGACUGUGA